GCCCCCUCUCUUGUUUAUAAAGCGCUCAGUUCCGCGUCCUCCUACUAAACCCUAGAAACACUUCUCUGCCGCUAGUGAAGAAAGGAGCUUCAAGCCGCAGUCGCUAUGGGUAUCGAUUUGGUCGCCGGCGGCAAGAGCAAGAACACCAAGCGUACAUCGCCUAGGUCUGAGGAUAUCUACCUCAAGCUCACAGUCAAGCUCUAUGAUUUCAUCCACCGAAGGACCAAGAGUCAUUUCAGCAAGGUGAUUCGUCACAGGCUUUGCAUGAGCAAGGUCAACAAGGCCCCUCUCUCGCUUUCCCGAUUGAUUCGGUAUAUGCAGGGCCAUGAGGAUAAGAUUGCUGUGCUCGUCGGAACUGUCACCGACGAUGUUCGCGUCGCCGAAGUCCCUGCUCUUAAGGUCACUGCUCUCAGGUUCACCGAAAGGGCUAGGGCUCGGAUUGAGAAGGCUGGUGGAGAGUGCUUGACUUUUGACCAAUUGGCUCUUAGAGCUCCUCUUGGCCAGAACACGAUGCUUCUGAGAGGACCAAAGAAUGCCCGUGAAGCUGUGAAGCAUUUCGGUCCAGCACCUGGUGUCCCACACAGCCACACCAAGCCAUAUGUGCGAUCAAAGGGCAGGAAAUUCGAGAAGGCCAGAGGAAAAAGGAACAGCCGUGGUUUCCGUGUUUGAGGAUCUUUCCUACUAUCUGUUUUUGUUUGUCACUUUUUGUUUUUGCCGGAACUAUUUUAUUAUCUAUAGGACGCAUCUAUGUUCCAAUUAUCUACCAUGACUUUUUAGUUUGGAAAUCAAGGAUUUUAGAUGUUUGGGUAAAUGUUGAGAAUUUUGCUUAA